AUGAAUGGCUUCUAUUCAAAUCGAUGCCAUUCAGAUUUUGUCCAGGGCAGAAAUCGUGUCGCGAAAGAUGAAAUGCCCAACCACUGGUUUUCAACGAAAAGAAUGGCUCUGCUACCAACUGGAAAAUGCUCGAAGAAUACUCAGUCACUAUUGUGGCCUUCAGUGACACCCGCUCGGCUUGAGCUUACAUCGAAUAAAUCGAGAAGCGCCCCUCAUCUUUGGUUUCCAACGAGGAAAAAGGAUACUCCCACACCGGCGAGACUACUUCCCGCACAGCAGCAAGCAGUAGCACCUUCUAGUACUCUGGAUUGUGCAGGGCGCCCGAACGGACAUUAUUCCAAAGAUUGCUCAAAUGACUUUGUUACUUGUAAUGAUGGUGUGGCAACCGCUAUGAAGUGCCCGCCAAUGUUGAAAGCUGUCAAGCUGGCGGUGCGACUGUCGCUCACAAACCUCCUAUUACUCAACAGGCUCCUCCACCGUCAUCAGAUCUCACAUGCUGUAGUCGUGAAAAUAAAAUACUACUCGGAUGGAUGCUUUUUCCGAUUUUGUCUGCAUAGGGCUUCAUGUUUUAAAUGCCCAGCGGGUUUGGUCUUCAAUGAGAAGGCUGGAUAUUGCAACUAUUUGGAAGGCUGCGGCGGUACAUCCGAAGCGGAAUCCCUUCUAAAACCAUCCAAGGAUUCAACUGCUACUUUGAUGCAUCAGCGGAGUUCCACCACGUGGAUUCUUGCAGCGAAGUUUGAGCUCUACUAAUAAAAUUCCAUCGAGCACAGUUGCAAAGGACGACCGGACGGAUACUAUUUUUAUGGUUGCUCGCCCGAAUUUAGUUAUUGCAGUGAUGGAGUUACGACUUGAAUGGUAAGUAAACACUCUUUGUACCAAUGAAGCAGAACAUGCGUACUCCUGUAUUCAGUACUG